CGGCAGCGGCAGCAGCAGCAGUUCCGCCUUUCAGCCUCAGACUGUCAUUGCUACCCUGAGCUGCUACGCGGAAGCAGAAUGUUGCCGCCGUCUCCGCCCGGCUGGCGCCUGCUCGGGCUCGGCCUGGUCCUGGUCUCCGUCGGCGCCGUCCUCGAAGCCUCAGUGCAGGCCGACUCUGCCACAGGUGCUUUGAAUGUCCUUCUCAUCAUUGUGGAUGACCUGCGCCCAUCCCUGGGCUGUUAUGGGGAUAAGCUAGUGAGGUCCCCAAAUAUCGACCAGCUGGCAUCCCAUAGUCUCCUCUUCCAGAAUGCCUUUGCCCAGCAAGCAGUGUGCGCCCCGAGCCGCGUGUCCUUCCUCACUGGGAGGAGGCCUGACACCACACGCCUGUAUGACUUCAACUCCUACUGGAGGGUGCACGCAGGAAACUUCUCCACCAUCCCCCAAUACUUCAAGGAGAAUGGCUACCUGACCAUGUCGGUUGGAAAAGUCUUUCACCCUGGUAUAUCUUCCAAUCAUAGUGAUGAUUCUCCAUAUAGCUGGUCUUUUCCACCUUAUCAUCCUUCCUCAGAGAAGUAUGAGAACACUAAGACAUGUAGGGGACAAGAUGGAGAACUUCAUGCCAACCUGCUUUGUCCUGUGGAUAUAGUGGAUGUGCCCGAGGGCACCUUGCCUGACAAACAGAGCACUGAGCAAGCCAUACGAUUGUUGGAAAAGAUGAAAACAACUGGCAGUCCUUUCUUCCUGGCUGUUGGGUACCAUAAGCCGCACAUCCCCUUCAGAUACCCCAAGGAAUUUCAGAAGUUGUACCCCUUGGAGAACAUCACCCUGGCUCCUGAUCCCCAGGUCCCCGAUGGCCUACCUCCUGUAGCCUACAACCCCUGGAUGGACAUCAGGCAGCGGGAAGACGUCCAAGCCUUAAACAUCAGUGUACCCUAUGGCCCAAUUCCUGUGGACUUUCAGCGGAAAAUUCGCCAGAGCUAUUUUGCCUCUGUUUCCUAUUUGGAUACACAGGUUGGCCACCUUUUGAGUACUUUGGAUGAUCUUCAGCUGGCCAACAAUACGAUCAUUGUGUUUACCUCUGAUCAUGGGUGGGCCCUUGGUGAACAUGGAGAAUGGGCCAAAUACAGCAAUUUUGACGUCACUACUCGUGUGCCCCUGAUGUUCUACGUUCCUGGAAAGACAGCUUUGCUACCAAAGGCAGGAGAGAAGUUUUUCCCUUACCUUGAUCCUUUUAAUUCCACCACAGAACUGAUGGAGCCAGGCAGGCAAACCAUGGACCUUGUGGAACUUGUGUCUCUCUUCCCCACGCUGGCUGCACUUGUAGGACUACAGGUUCCGCCUCAUUGCCCUGUUCCUUCAUUUCAUGUUGAGCUAUGUAGAGAAGGCCAGAACCUUCUGAAGCAUUUUCAAUUCCAUGAUGUAGAAAAUGAUCCAUAUCUCCGCAGUAACCCCCGUGAGUUGAUUGCUUAUAGCCAGUACCCCCGGCCUGCAGACUCCCCUCAGUGGAAUUCUGACAAGCCAAGUUUAAAAGAUAUAAAGAUCAUGGGCUACUCCAUACGUACCAUAGACUAUAGGUAUACUAUAUGGGUUGGCUUCAAUCCUGAUGAAUUUAUGGCUAAUUUUUCUGAUAUCCAUGCAGGGGAACUGUAUUUUGUGGAUUCUGAUCCAUUACAGGAUCACAAUAUAUAUAAUGACUCCCAACAUGGAGAACUUGCUCAAUCAUUGAUGCCUUGAGUUUUGCCACAAUGGAGGGCAAAUGCAACAUGCUCCUCUUGAGCUGGUGAGAGGAGGCAUUAGAGGUUGUUAUUUUGUCAUUACCCAUAAUAUUGGAAGGAACCAGAGUAUGAGGUAAUCAAAACAUGCAUCAACCAUUUGGCCCAAGAGGAUGUGACAGCCAAUCCUUUUCAUUUAGUCUUUAUUAAUUUGUAAUUGUUAAUUAGGUUGGGGCUGGGCUGAGCCUUUUUCUCUUGUUUAAAAAGUCCAUAGUGUAGUCAUUUAAUAAGUACAAAAUGAACAAACCAAAAUUAUGUCAUACUUUUUUAUACCAAGGCCAUACUAACCAAAUAGUAACAUAUAUAUAAUCAAGAAAUAAUUAUUUGUGGAAUUUGGUACAUUUCAAAAAGUUACUGUAUAUCAAAUUAAGUUCUACUCUAAAUUCCUGAUUUUUAUACUUUAAUAACAUAUCUUAGGUUUACCAGUAUAUUAAAAAUAUAUCAAUUUUAAUAUACAAUUCACAUUUCUUUCUC